GAAUUUUCGAAAAUCCAGUACCUAGGUAAAAGGUACACGAUAAGUAGGUAAGGGUAGAUAAGUAAUUUUACAUUAAUUAUAUCUACCUAUAAUAUAAAAUAUAAGUAAUAUGAAUUUUAAAAAUUUUGAAAAUGCCACCAAUAGCAUAUGUCUCCAUACAGUCUAAAAAUGUCGUGGAUCUAAAUGACUAUGGAUCAUAUUGUCUCGAGAUCUGAAUGUCUCCGAACUGGCAUUAAUUCUUAUCAAAAUAAUUACGGGAUCCAAAUGACAUGGGAUCUAUUUGUCAUGUUACAGAAAGCUAUCUAGCGGGUAAGUGGCAAUUGAAAAACCGGGCCUUAGUAGAAGCGAUCAAUUAUCUUAGUGGUUUUAACAACCCUUUUAUAUGAAUACGGACGAAUUUAAAAUUUCGAAUUUGAUACAUUUUUUUAUCAUUGGAAAUAUUAUUGAAGGUAUGAACUUUUUUAAAAUUUUGUAUGCACUGGAAUCCAAAGAACAUGUUCUAUGAUAAGGUGAUCAAUCAUUUGUUGAUAACUACAACAGCACGUUAAAACUGUUUACUCAGUAUGCACAGAUAUUUUUUAAUUUUUGUUUAUUUUGAAUAAUUUUACUAUUUCCCUCAUAGCAUUUCUUUUUUUUCUAUAUCAUUGUCUAUGAUACCCUCGAGAGUAUUUUGAUUAAUCUAAUGGCAGAAACGUUGCAAGAAAGACAAUCAAAUGAACUAGAAGCAUUGAAAGUAAUUUAAAUGUUUAUUUUGACAUUUAAUUUGUUUCAAAACAAUAACCAAUAGGUAACAAAAGUCUAAUGUUGUAUAAAAUUUGUAUUAUCGUCCAGGCUAUAUUCAAUGAUCAAAUAGUGGAUAACAAUACUUAUGAAGCCACAAAUAUUUGGAAACCCUUAGAUGUUAUCAUAACAGUUUUGCCCGAAGGAUUUACAAAUGCACAGCAAAAUAAUAUUUUAAUUGAUUUGCACAUAAAAGCAUCAGUAAAUUAUCCUAAUGAGUAAGUUUCUAUAUAUGUAUAUAAAGUAAUACAAAGUAAUAAUGCUAUGUAUAUUGUAACAGAAUACCAUGUAUUAAGCUUCAAAAUGCUAAAGGUAUCCCUUCAUAUUAUCUUGUACACCUUGAAAAACAAUUAAGUGAACUUGCAUCUAAGAUAAUUGGUGAAGUUAUGGUUUUUGAAUUUGUUCAACAUGUCCAGGUAUCUAACUUAGAUGAUUAAUGUAUCCAAUUGUUUUAUUAUUUAUCUACUUUAAUAUAUUUAUAUUUUAACCAUUUAGAGUUUUCUUUCACUUUAUAAUACACCCCAGUAUUCAUCAUUUUAUGAAGAAAUGAUGUCCAAAAAACAUAAAAAACAUUUAGAAGAAUUAGAAUCUAGAAAACAAGAAAUUGAAUUAACGGUAAUUUUGUUUUACUAUUUACUAAAUAAAAUUACAAAUGUAAAUAUUUUUUGUUUAGAAGCAAUUAAUUCACAAUGAAUUGAAUAAAAAAAAAGAAGCUCUUAAACAGGAGUUUAAAAUGUAUAAAAAUAAAACAAAGGGUACUUUGAAUGAUAAAUUAAAUGAGUACACCGAUUAUAAUACUAGGUAAGUUUGUAUUUAAAUAAUUUCUUAUGUAUAUACCUAUUAUGUAUUUGAUAUUAAUUUGGACAGUGUUUAUGUAAAAGGACACAGGUCAAAAAUCACUACUUUACAGAAGACACAAAAAAUAUUUUUAAGCAACUUAAAAUUAAAAAUUUAUCACUUCUAUUUGAAACAGUUUUUUUUUUUUUAAUAUUUUUAAAUAAAUAAUUUAACAAUCAUUCAUAAAAUAAUUUUGUUGAAUUGUGUCUAAUAGCAAUGCACAAAAUUAAAUUUCCAUGACUUGUGCCUUAUUGUAUAUAUUGAAAUAUAACAAGAAUUAAAUGAUUUUAUAGUGUUUAAGGCGGUUUUAAUACUAGUUAUUAUUUAAACUAAUAUCUGAGCCAGAGAACUUUUUAAGGAAUAUAGAAGGGAGGGAAACUCCCCUCUCAAGUAUUAGAAUUUUAUAUAAAAUAUUUUUAUAUAUGGAAUGUUUAGUUUUAAUAACACUUAAAAACUUACUUAAUCACAAUAAAAAUUACGAAUUUUGUGGUAGGGGCGUAUGGUUUUGUCUCUGAUAAGAGUAAAAGAAAAAAGUAUAAGAACAGUUGAUAAUUUUAAAAGAGCUUUAGCCCUUUGUUUUGACAUUUUCACCUUCCAUAAAUAAACACAAUGUCUUGUGCUGAAUUGCACAAGACCAUAUUUUUAUAACCAUUAAGUCUAUAUUCAGUACAGUAAUAUACCAGUGACAGCAUAACAUUUCCUACAAAAUUGAUGUAUAAUCUAAUAAUGGCCAAAAUUAACUUGUGUUUCUUUUGCACAAACACCAUCCAUUUUUAUGAACAGAUUUAUAGUUAAGGAUAAAUCCUAAAUUUAUUGGUAAAUGUACAAAAGAUAUUAUUCAAAAACCAUCAAUAAAUAUAAAUAGAUGAUGUUUUUUUAAAGUUAUUUUUUAUAAUCAAUGUUUGUGUAAUAUAAAAGUAUUUUAAUCUUAUAUCAAUGAAGGAUUUAUUAAUGUAAUUUCAUUCUUAGUUGAAUAGUCUUAUCUUUUAAUUAUUACUUAUAGUUUGUUCGGCUUCAUUAAAUGAAGUUGUUAUUCGUUUUGAUGGAUUUAAAAACUUUAUAUAUUAUUAACAGACAUGUGCAUUCAUUGACCAUUAAACCCAAGCUGAGUAUUCAAUAUUUACCUAUACAUCAGAAUAUUAUAUUCUGCAUUGGAAAAUGAAGUGUUAAAUCUUAAAUUAUUAAAACAAAUUAAAAACUGCUAUUUUAAGUAUACAAUAUAGAAUAAAAAUAUGAUGACUGAAGCCAAGGUUUUCAAAUUUUUCUACUUGGUAAUAUUGUAGUUAUUAUAAUAUUACGUUAAUAUAUAAAUAUUAUAAUAAUGGACAACAGACAUUUUAAGUAUUUUUCUUAAAUACAAUAAUAUUACAGAUUAUGUUUGUACUCUGAAAGUAGUAUAACUGUUGUAAUUUAAACCAUUAUUAUUUUAUGAAUAUUAUCAAAUAGGUUUAGGUGAUUUUUAUUUUAAUAUAUUAGUAAAUUCACAAUUUACUGUAUUUAAUUAAUAUUUUUUCAGAGAAAUAUCAGAUUCAGUUAAUACCAAUUCACCACUGAGAAGAAAUCUUCAACAAGAAGUAAGAACAAAUUUGCAUUAAUCUUUGACUUGGUGCAAGUAGAAACAAUGAAAAGAUAAGCCUUAUCUAUAAAAAAAAAUAAAUAUAUAAAUUGAAUUCAAUAAAAAAUAUUGCUGUAUUUAAAUUGGUUUCACUUCAUUUAGAAAUGUAUUUUUAUAAAUAUUUAUGUUUAAUAAAAGAGCUGAUACUGAGAACAAGUGGGGUCAUUUUUGUGGGUGGGAUAUUGAAAAGGUAAAAUAUAGAGGGGAAUUUAAUUCAUAUCUAUAUUCUGUAUAAGUUAAGUUCUGAGUUGAGCUCUGUCACUAUUAUUCCUUUUUCGACAAUAACAAUGAUUUUUUUUAAAUAAGAUUAAAUAAAUAAAAACUUUUGUUAGUGACAACCUUAUUUUUGUAUCUUUUAUUUAUUUUUAACCUAAAGAAUCAGUUUUUCCUCAUUAUCUAAAAUAUGAAUCAAAAUGUUAAAGUUUUACCCUUUUAAAGUAGCAACUAGAGUAAAAAUUUAACAAAAAAAGAUCUCAAUACUUGUUUUGAUUUGAUUGGAUCAAGAUUUCUAGAAGAAAAGUUAUUUACAGACAGAAAAAAUAAAUAUGCUCCAGAUCUAAUACACAUAGUAAAAUCAAUAAAUCACUCACUCAGAAUCUAAAAAAUGAUAUUGGGUAAAUAAUACACAUCUUAUUAAAAAGUCAUAAUAUGCACCAAGAAAUAAUAAUAUACUCUGCAAAUUUUAAGAUUGUGAUUAACAUAAUAUACAUAUAUAUUAUUUUUUUAUAGGAUCAAAUAGAUGAAAGCAAAUGGACUCAUGACUUUGUAACUGAUCAUAGUUUUUCUAACUCUAAUUCUAGACUUCACAAGGAGUUUAUCAUUUUAAGUUGGCUUGGUAAAGGAGCGUUUGGGGAUGUACUAAAGGUUUAUAAAAAUUUAAUUUUUAACAUAUCUAAUUAAACUUGGGAUGAGAACUUAGAUAUUUGCGUUAUUUUAAAUAUAUGCAUUAUUUUUUUAAAACACAUUAUUUAGAAACUACAUAGUUAUUUAUAGUAAAUAUAAAAAGCAUAUUGUAAAAUACCACAGUAAAGUAUUCAGAUUUGGUUUAUGAAGUCCUUCAAGAGUUGCUCAUCCCUAGUUAUAAAUUUGUUGUAUACUAAAAUGUAUUUAUUGAUUGUAAUAUAUAGGUGAAAAAUAAACUAGAUGACUGUUUAUAUGCUAUAAAGUGUAUUCAAUUAAGCAAGAAAAACAAAAUCUUAAAUAAAAAAAUUACUAGAGAAGUGAAACUCUUAUCUCGUCUGAACCAUGAAAAUGUUGUUAGAUAUUUCAAUUCUUGGAUAGAAACAGCAAAAGUCAGUGAAGAAGGAACACCUCAGAAAAAUGUUGGUACAUUAGUAAACAAUAUAUUCCAACAAUAUUUAAUUUUGUAUUAAUACAUAUAUUGAAAGUUGGGUUUUGUUGAUUUUCUUUUAAAUCAAAUUAGUGUUGAACAAUGUUUAAUUUGGAUAGUUUUGAAAUUGAAAGUCUAAAUUUUAGAGUUUGGACAUGUUAUGAAGAUGGGAUGAGAAAGAUGUGGUGACUCCCAUGACUGUUAAAGGAAUACAGGGCUGCGAGACAAGAGACAAAUUGAUAGAAAUUAGAGUGAUAUGAGGAUAGUGUAUAGUAUAUAGUGUAUAUUUGUGUACUGGAGUAAGUUUAUGUACAAUAUGAUUCACUAAAAGCCAAGGAAAAUAAGAGUAUUUUAACUUAGAAAUAUGUUUUAAUAAAUUUCUUCUAAUAUAUUUAUACAAAUAUUUUAAAAUUAAUAAACAUAUGGAGAUUUUGGUAUUAUUAACAUUUUAUUUUGUUUUUAACUAGGGGAAAAGUAAAACAAAUGAAUUAUGUCCAUUGAAAAACAUCAGCUGUAGUUGGAAAUUAUCAGAUCUAAAUGAAGAAAUCAAUAGUGAUGAUAGUUCUGAAGAAGAGAAUUGGAUAUCAUUCAUGUAAGUUAUGUUGCGACAUAAAAUUUAAUAUCCAUUUAAUAUUUUAUUUUUUCAAAUUUUAUUUUAUAUUGCAAUGCUUUAUAUUUUCCAUUGUACUGUCACUGUGUGUGUAUAUUAUUUAUUCUAUAAAAUGAAUCUUGUUAAAUAAUGUUUAAAAAAAAUGUAUACUAUUUAUUUAGUCAUCAAUCUAAUUCUGAGAAUGCUACUUCAAGUUCUGCUGAAAAUACAACUUGCCACACUUCAAAUCAACUAUCUAUCAAUAAUGACAAUUGUUUAAAUGAUGAAAUUGAUCAAUCUAUGUAUAUUCAAAUGGAGUUUUGUGAAAAAAGUACUCUUCGGUAAGAUACACAAAUAAUAAAUUUCAUCUAUUUUAAAAUAAAUGACAACAAAUAAUUGUUAUAUUUUGUUUAUUAUAAUAAUUAUUGUUGAAAAUUAUUUCCUAUUGUUUUAAUGAUUAAUUCCUUAUUUGUGUUUGUUUAAAGUAUUGCAAUCGAUAAUGAUCUGUAUAAAGAACCCAUGAGAGUAUGGCGUUUAUUAAGGGAAAUUGUUGAAGGCCUUUCAUACAUACACCAACAGGGAAUAAUCCAUAGAGAUUUAAAACCUGUGAAUAUAUUUAUUGAUUCUGAUGAUCAUGUUAAAAUUGGAGAUUUUGGUUUAGCCACAACUGUUAUUCAAAGGUUAAUUGAUGAAAAUUAAUAUUUUAAAUAAUACAUAUUUAAUACUUAUUGAAAUAAUUUUUUCAGACAUAUUCCCGAUGUGGAUUUGAAACAUAACCAAGAUAUAUUUAUUAAUAAAUCUCAAACUGGCAAUAUUGGUACAGCAUUAUAUGUUGCUCCUGAAAUUAAUAUAUUAGGCCCAAAAGCUAUAUAUAAUGAAGUGAAUAUAAAUUGUAUUUUUAUAAAUUAGAUAUAAAAAUAAAAUAAUUUUAAUAAUAUUUCUACACUUGGUGUCACAAAAAUCGCACAUCUUUAAAAUUAAGUUUCAAACGGGCAUUUCCCCGAACCAAAACAUUUAAUCCAAACAAUAAAGAUAUAAAUUGAAAGUACAGUUAAUGACCUCUUAUCCGAUAGUAGUUUCAUUUCAUAAACAAUAAUCAUAUUCCGAGUAUACGGUGCAUUAGGAAAAUGUAUAAAUAUACUCCUAUCUUAUCUUAUAUUCUUUGGCUAUAGAAAAAUCAGUUUAAAGUGUCAAAUGCAGGUCAUUCACUUCCUAAACAUUGAAAAGAACGUGAAUUGAAUACUCUUUAAACAAUAUUAUUUCAAAAAAUAACGUAUUAAAUGGAUACAACUGCUAACGAAGCCGCUCAAGUGGUAGCAUUAAUGGAAUCAGGGAUGCGUCAAUGUGAUGUUGCACGGCAACUAAACUUGAGCCGUUUUGCCGUUCCACGAGUUUUCCAACGUUAUCAAGAGACUGGUGGCUUUAUCCGGAGGCAUGGAUCAGGCCGACAACGCUGCACAACGGACAGAGAUGAUCGUUUUAUUGUCUCGACGUCUUUGCGCAAUCAAUUUUCCAAUGCUGUAGAGCUUCAACAGCAACUCCGCGCAGCUCGCAGUACAACAGUAAGCACCUCUAUGGUUAGGAGAAGGUUAGGAGAACAAAAAAUUGUGGCCCGCAGACCUGCUACCGGUCCGAAACUGACUGCACAGCACCGCAAAGAACGGUUACAUUUUGCCCGUGAACAUUUUAAUUGGACGCUUGACCAAUGGAAGACNGAGGAGACAGUGGAGUAUGGAGGUGGAUCAUGCAUGUUCUGGGGCGGCAUUUCCAUCGAUAGCAAGACCGAGCUUGUGUGCGUUUCCCGAACUGGUGGCAAGGAUCGCUAACUUCUGAUCAAUACAUUACAGAGAUCUUAGAAGAGCAUGUGGUACCAUAUGCGGGUUUUGUUGGAGAUGGGUUUAUACUAAUGCACGACAAUGCUUGUUCCCACACCGCAUUAAUUGUAAAAAAUUAUACGGAAGAGGUUGGGAUCCCUGUUAUGAACUGGCCAGCGAGAAGUCCAGACCUAAACCCAAUUGAGCACCUCUGGGACGAAUUAAAACGAAGAGUGCGGUCACAUGAUCCUGCCCCAACAACCCUCCAAGAUCUUCAAUAUGCUGUUGUUGCGGAAUGGGUGAACAUUCCUCAAGAACGCAUCGUACGACUCAUAACUUCUAUGAAAGAUCGUAUGGAAGUAGUAAUUAAGGCAAGAGGAAGUAGCACUAGAUUUUAAAUAACAUUUAGUAACAGUUUUUUAUUUUUAUAUGAAGUCUAUUGUCUGUUUCUGUUUGUAAAACUGUAUAUCUUCAAUACAAUUUGUUUUCCUCUUCCACGAUUAACUUAUUUUUUAAAACACUGAUAAACAAAAACACAUACCAUUUAUUUAUUUUUCAAGUUUAUUUCAUCACCUUUCAAAUGAUAUAUCAUAACAGUACCCUUAUAUAUGAUUAAGUGUAGUUAAAAUUACUUUGAAAAAUAAUUUGCAAUAGGUGCGAUUUUUGUGACGCCAAGUGUAUUAGGAGUUACUGAUUUUUCCUAUCUGAUCAGUUUUAAAUGAGUGAUACAUUUUUUUCCCUUCAAAAAAUAUUUCUUUCUGUAUUACUUAAGUAGAAAACAUAAUCUGUUAGGUGUUACGUCUAUAGUUUAAGAAUAUAAAUUUUCAAUGAUAUUGUAGAACAUAGGUCAUAUUAUGUAUAAUUACAUUUAAACAUUUCUAUUAUUAUUGUUUAGAAAGUUGAUAUUUAUAGUUUGGGUAUAAUUUUUUUUGAAAUGUGUCACAAACCAUUUUCAACAGAAAUGGAACGAAUAAAAGUUUUAUCUGAUUUAAGAAUGUAUGAAUGCAUUUUACCUACGGAAUAUUUAAAAAUUGCUGAACCUGCUCAAAAAUAUAUUACCAAGUAUUAAAUAAAGUUUAAAUAUUUGUAUAUUAAUUUUGUAUAUUUUUAUAAUAAUUAUUUUAUGUAUAGGUGGUUAUUAAAUCAUGAUCCAUCUAAACGGCCAAAUUCAACAGAUAUAUUGCAAAGUCAAUACAUACCCCCACCUAAACUAAAAGAUACAGAACUGCACGAAAUGGUUAGAAACACCCUUUCAAAUUCAAAUAGUAAAAACUACAAACAUCUUAUUGCUUCAUGUUUUAGUCAAGUAAAUAUCCAAUUUUUAUAAUUAUUUUUUAUUAUGAAAAAUCUUAAUAUGUUGAUGUAAAUUUUAUGAUUGUGUGAUGUUGCUUAUUAAAUAGAUUAAACUCAUCUUCUAUUACAGAUCGGACACUUAAAAACUUAAUAUAAUAUAAUUAUACAUACAGGAUGUAAUAAAAAGAUCUAAUACCUGAAAUAACUUUUUUUUGUUCAAUAUUUUUAAGUUUUUUUUCUAGUAGAAAUUUCUAGAACCUAGUCUUAUGAUUCCUCCAUUUAAUAUUUUUUUUAACUAAAAAAAAACUUAUAAAGUUGUUUUUAUACAAUCCAAGAUAGCCAUUUUCUAAAUAUAUUUUUAACCAAAAUUUUGGAAUAAUAUUUUUUUUUUUAUGUAUAAUUUACUAAGGCUUGUUCUAACUGCCUGGUUAAAUGUUUAUAAAAGUGUCAGUUAAAGCAAUCCAUUCUUACAAUCUUCGAUUAACAUAACUAACUGGCAGUUUUAAUAAAAGUGAUUGACAGUGAUUCCCAAAACAACUGCCCAUGACCACAUUGUAUUGUUUUACUGGCAUGCUUAGGUAAACACUGAAUUAUUGAAUUACCAUAUAUUAUUGUUAUUAUCAUCUAUAUAGUCAGAUAGUUCAUUAAAAUGUUAUAUUUUCUUGUCUGUUUAAUUUUACAAAACCCAAUAUAAUUGACAUUAUUGACAUUGAUAUUCAUUGACAUAUUCUUAAUUAUAUAUUAAUAUUAUAAUUUAUACUCUGCAAUGGAAGAAAAUAUGUUGGUUGAGUUGGUUGCAAAACAUGAAAUUGCUUUAGAAUAUAAAAAAAUUGGAUCACAAUAUUUGUGGGGUAUUUUAUCUAAUCAAGUAUUUCUUCCAGGAUCUUCUCUAUUUUUUGUUUCUUUAAACGAUAUUGUUUCAGAAACUUCCUCUAAUAACUGAAGGUAGUUUUGGUAGUCUGGAAAAAUUGUCUCUAAUUGAAGCGUUAAAUUCUGUUAUUUCAUUUUUGAAGUUAGAAGAAUCACUUUCUUGGUCAAUUAAUCUGCAAUUAUAAAGAGCUCUAUUCAUUAUUGUAACAAAAAUGUAUACGCUAUAUGCUAACUUCCAACCAGUGGUGUAUCCAAGGUGGCUGAGAGGGUCACAGUCUGAAAUUUCAGGAAUUCUUAAAUUAUUAACUAUUAUAAUAAUAAUUAAUACUUAAUUUAUUAUUUAACAGAACAACUUGUUUAUUAAAUCGCAUCUGUAAUUUUAACCUUUUAGUUAUUUUAGUAAAUUGUUAUGUUUAUAUAUUAAUCAUUUAUCAAAAUGUAUGCAAAGUAAAAAUAUUGGUCUAAUGAUUGCCCUUGAUAGAGUGAAUCAGGUAACAAUUCAACUUCAAGAGAAAAUGCAACUGAUACAUUUUAUGAUAUUUAUGAAUAAAUCAAUUGCUUAGAAGGUUUAUUAAAUGUGGAAGAAAAUAUACCACAAAUUUGUAUUACUCAAAAAAACUGCAUGUAGAUAUACUUUCAUAAUUUUAUAAACAUUUUUAUCAUAUAAAGAAAUAAUAAAUUCUCUAUAAGAAGUUUUACCAAAUAUAAUUGGAAAUAAACCAUAUUUAAACCUUAAAACUGGAAUUACAUUUUACCAAGAUGAUUUAAAAGAGUAUGAUGGCAUUAUAGAAGGAAUAUCAAUUAUGGCAGUCAAAAUGGAACUUGAUUGAAUCUAAUCCCCGCCAGCUAUGGAAUCACUACAGCAAUGUGAAUGAACUUCUUAAAUUACUAUGAAUACUUCCAGUUUCAACAGUCACUUCUGAGAGAAGUUUUUCAACAUUAAGGUGAUUGAAAAAUUAUCUUUGAAAUAUAAGUCGAGUCACAGCCUGUAGGACUAGCUUUGUUAUAUGUUUCAUAGAGAUAGAUGUAAAUUUCAUUGAUGAUAUGGUACUAGAUAAGUUUUCAAACAGUGGAAAACCUAGACUAAAAUUAACAAUUUGACUAAAAUAAUAAUUUAAAAUUUAGUUUUUUUAAUCACUAAUUUUGCAAUUUUUUUCGGUUUUUUUUUGUAAUGCAAUAUGUACCUAACUGAUCAGCCCCCCCCCCAAAAAAAAAAAAUAAUUCAUAGAUACACCACUGACUGCAAUGUCAAAUUUAAAAUAUAAAUUAAUGCUCUGUCUCAAACUAAAAUAUAUUGGCUUCCUGUUGAAAUUUUUUUAUUAGUUUCUAUGCAUUUGCUAUAAUAACUUGCCUGCAAGUUGCCACAUAAUGGAGGGAUUGGGUGGUUAGAUCAAUCUGCUAACCCGUUAUAUUCUAGUUUGCCACAGAAUAUAGUAGUAACAAUAAUCAUAAAAAGUAUUUGACAAGUAUCUAUUUAACUGGUUAAAAAUCCAGUAGUUAGGUUAGGACAUUUAACCAGAUAUUGUAAGAACAAGCCUAUGUUUUUACAACUUUUUAAAAUUUAAGAUAAUCAUUAACAAAUUAAUUUUUCAUAGAUAAAUUAGCAAAUAAAUUGAUAUUAUGUAGUAGUGGCAAUGAAAAUAAUUUAAAUUAUGGUUAACUUUAAAAACUUAACAAUUCAUUAGUGAAUAUUUGGAAAGCCAAAAUUUCGAGAUAUAAGUAUACCUACCUAAAUGGAUCACCUGGUAGUAUGUAUCUGCCUUUUUGUUUUGUUUUAAAUACAAAUUUAAUUAUUCAUUGAACUAGUUUUUGUCUAAUUUUAAAUUUAUAAAUAUAAUAUUUACCUAACCAUUAAUUUAUAAUUUGGUACUAUUGCAGAAUGUUAACACUGUUGAGGAUAUAACAUUUACUAUGACAACAGGAAAAAAUGUACUUCAACAUGGUCGAUUACAAAAUAUUAUUGACAUAGUUAGGGAAGUGUUUGAGCUACAUGGAGGUGUUUGGCUAUGCAUUCCAUUGCUAAUCCCAGCAAUGAAUUCCAUGAUCAAUGAAACUACUGUAACUAUGAUGGCUCGUUGGGGUGGUCUAACAUGUUUACCUCACAGUCUAAGAAUUCCGUUUGCUAGAUUUUUAGCCCAUAAUCCCACUAUUUCUAAUUUGAAACGAUACUCCAUUGACCGGGUAUACAGAGAAAGGAGAGUUUAUGGAGUACACCCUCGUGAACUUUAUGAGGCUGCUUUUGAUAUAAUUAGUUCAUCUCAAGGUUAAUAAACUACAGCAUUUUGCAUUAAAUAAUUAUUUGAUUGUUACAUAUUUUAUUUUUUUACAGAUGUAAUAGCUGAAGCAGAACUGUUAUCCAUUGCAGUAGAUAUAUUUAUCAAACUUAAAGAUUUUAACCAGAAGAACUGUAUUAUUCGUUUAAACCAUAUUUCACUAGUUCAAGGAAUAUUAAUGUAUUCUGGAAUAGAAAAAGCACGCCACUUAGAGAUUUGUAGAUAUUUUGCAAAAUUUAAAGUGAAUAAUUUUAUUUUAUUUGAUCAUAACAAAUUUUUUUAAGCCACAUUCGGUUUAAUAAAUUUAUAAUCAAAAAUAUCCACUUCAUUGUUAUUUUUACAAAUAAUAAUCAAUAACCAUUUGUGUUCUUUAAUUGAAACAAAUUAUCGUUAAACUUAUUUACGUUUUAUUAUUAUUAUUAUUAUUAUUGAAAAUACGAGGGUUGUUUCUAAAAUGUAUUUUCUUAUACCAAAAUAAACUAGAGAAACUUACUUUUAAAAUUUUCCUUAUGAUAUAUUUUUUAUAUCUAAAAAUGUCAAUUUUCAAAAUUUUUAUUUUAAGUACUUACUCAAAUCAAAAUUGAAGUUCAAAUACAGUUGACUCUCGAUAAUUUAAAGUAAAUGAUUGGUCUCUUGAAAAUCUUGCAGUAAUUUUAAUAAAAAAAAUUAAUUUAAGUACACUCUGUAAUAAGAAAUUAAAUUUUGGGAAAACUGCCAUCAACAAGUGACAAUUUGAAGUUUUAUUCAAGUUUGAAGUAUAUUAUACCAAAUGUAUUUUUUAUAAUCUUUUCAUUAUUUUAUUAUUAUUUUCGAUAACUUAAGAAUUAUUAUCGUAAGCAUUUUAUUUCUUAAUUAUUUCUCUUAUCAUAUUUUAAUGUUGAAUUUUAUAUUUGUUUUGUUGAUUGUAAAAUUAAUUAAUACUAAUUUGCUGAAAUAUUUAUUAAUUGGUAAUUAAAAAAAACUUAGUAAUUCAAAUUUUUUUGUUUUACUCUCAAUAUUUUGAACUACUCAGCAAUUCAAACUCUUGGAAAUUUUAAAUUGUUCAUAAGUCCCGCCAACAUCGAAUUAUCGAGUUAUAUUAUUACUGUAUACCCAUUAAGCACUAAUUGUUCUUAUUUCUAUUUAUAUUAGUGUUACGGUUAUUGAACCAAUAAACUUUCAACUUCCACUUGUUCAUAUCAAAUUUGAUAAUACAAUAUAUUAUAUUUAUAGUUCUUUGUAUUGUUUAGUCUUAAUGAAUUGAAGUAUAAUAUGAUUUUAUUUUUGAAACUUAUAGCAAAAAGAUUUGACCCAAGAACAAAUUGAAGAAUUAGAAGGAAUGGGAUUUGCAAACCACCAAAUUAAUAUAGCAAUGAAUUAUUUUUCCAUGGAACAUUCAUUGGCUGAUAUGUAUGAAGUUUGUCGUAAAAUAACAAUUCGUAAAUCAAAAUGUGGAAUUUUCUCUAGAGAAGGUUUGCGGCAUAUAGAAGCUGUAAUAAAACAUAUUGAGUCACUAAAUGUCAAAGUAAAGAACAAAUAUUAUUUUAGAAUAAUUAUGUGUUGAUGUAACUAAUUACCACAAGCUUGUGUAUAGUUCUCAGUUGUUAUUGCUCCGGGAUUAAUGAAUAUAACACAGUUCUAUACAGGAUUAAUAUUUGAGAUUGUUUAUUAUAAAAAUAGUAAGAAGAGUUUAGCUGAAUUUGAUGUUUUAGCAGCUGGUGGUCGUUAUGAUAAACUAAUAUCUUCAUUUAAGUAAUUUUGACUUAAAAUUUUAAAAUAAAACCUUUAUACAUUUGUAAUUUUUUAAUAAUAGGAAAAAUCUAGAUAUGACUAAUGAUAUAAAGCAAACCGCAAGUGGUAUUAGUUUCUCAUUAGAUAAACUCGCUGUAAUGUUUCAUACACAACCAUCAGGAAUAGAUGUUGUAUUGAGUUCAUCAAAUAAUUUAUUGACUGAAGAAAAACUAAAUAUUGCCAAAGAUUUAUGGAAUUUGGGAAUUAAAACUUUAGUUUUAAAUGUAGACCAAGUAUGAAACCUAUUUUUAGUAUUACCAAAAUAAUGGUUAAGUAAAUACGUGUUUGAUCUUUGCAUAGUUUAUAUAGAUUCCUAAGGACCUAAAGAAAUUAACCACAACUAUUAUCCCAUCUCAUUAAUUUUUGUCUACUGCUCCAUCUAAGCCUAUUUAAGUACAAUCAUCUACCCACACAUCUAAAAAUACUAGAGUAUAUAAUUUUAUUAUACUUAUUAAACAAAUAGGUGCCCUAUGCAGAGAUUUAUCAAAAUAAUUAUUAAAUUAAUAACAAUAAGAAAAUGCUUUUAUAUUAUUUAUGUUUAUAGACAUUGGAACAAAUUCAAGAUUAUUGUCAAGAAUUAUAUGUAAAUAAUAUUGUUAUGUUGAAAGAAUCUAAAUCAGUGAUAUUGAGACAUUUAAUGGGAGAUAAGUUAGUAAAAUGUAUUUUAAAAUUAUUAAAAUUAUUAAAAUUAUUAAUGAGUAAUCUAUUUUAGAUUUCAGGAUAAAGUAAUGAGUGUUACUGAAUUUAUAGAAUAUAUGCGACAUAAAAAUAGAAAGAAUAGUAAUAGUGUUACUUCUCCAACUAAAACUGUCAGAAAUGAUGUUCGGUCUACCAGUGAAAAUCAACAUAUAAACAUAGUUUUUUUUACUGAAGAAAAGUUAACUACAAAUGUUAAACGUCGGUAUGAAAGCCAGGUAAUUAUUUAAAUAAGUUGAACAUAUUGUCAUUAUUCUAUUUUAAAUCUUUUUGUUUAGAUUUUGAAUGGAGUUUCAAAAUUACUACAAAAAUUUUCAUCAAAAACAUAUAUUGAAAUCUUAGCACUUAAUAUUGAAAUAGAAUUACUUAAAGCAUUAUCUUUAAUGGAUUUGACAACUAUUGACAGUGAUAUUGCUAUUUUAAUAAAAAGGUAUAAACAAAUCUAAUGGUUCUAGAUGGUAUGAUCAAUUAGUUGUUUUGUUAUAUAUGUUUUGUUGUUUUUUUUUUCAGAUUUUCACAUUAUAAAAAAGAUUUAAAUAAAGUUUACAAUUAUAUUAUUGACACAAAACUAAAAAAUACAGACAAUAUUUUUGUAUUUUAUACUUUGAAAGGAAAUAUGUUUAAAUUAAUGAUUGGUUAAUUUUUUUUUUUUUUAUUAAAGUGACAAUUUGUAUCUAUAUAUAUUUUAUAAUAUAUGAAUUUGUUUACGAAAAAUGUUUGUAAUUAUAAAUUACUCACAAGUUUUAUAUCUCAUUUAUUAUAUUUCUAAUCAUUAUUAUUUAUUGUGAUCAUUAGUAUUAACUUCUUGUAAUUUAUUGUUUAUUAAUUAAAACUUAAAAGUAUUUAAUUUAGUUGUUAACCAAGUCUGG